GUUCGAAAAAAAAUGGCGGAUGUAGAGCUGGAAACACGCAAUUUUUUGCGUGAACUUGACAGUUUUGGACAGCCUCCGCCACCCCAACGGAUCAUCAGCGACGCCGACAGUCGCACAAUUAGCAAGGAUUUCGAACUGAAACUGCACAAUAUCAAUUUGGACAAGCAAAGGGUGAUCUUCAGCAGAUGA